GGAGAGUUCAAUACGACACCGCCAUGUUGUGACCGCACUAUCAAUCAGCUGCUUUAAUCUGGUUUCUCCACCAUGCAGGUUUGUGUUUUCAUUUACAUCACCAUCAUCCACAAACAACUCUGCAAGCCUAAAAAUGUGAUGUUACAUAUUAAAAUCUAGUAAAAACUUUUAUCACCCAAACACGAUUCAUACGACUGUCCACUGUUGGUUGCGCUACUAUACAGACCAAAGCGUCUAAUUAAAUGGGGACGGCUGCCAUUUUAAACUCGUUGCCUGACUAGCAAUUUAAAAAAAAAAAUAAUUUAGGAAUGUCUAUUAAUAAAAUAAUUUUCCUUCACAAACUCAAUAUUACAUUUUAAAAGUGGUUCUUGAUAAUUAUAUCUAUUUUGUUUUCAUCGACGGAAGAUUUAAUUACACUUUUCUUUCCUUUUUUUAAAAAAAACAUCUUAAACACUCGAUUCUUUUCUCUCUGUAAUUUACCGCUUGAACUUGAAUAGGAAAUAAGUAAAACAAAGUAAGUUUAAACCUGAAAAAAGGAACGCAACAAACAACGAACGUGUCGGCAAAAAGCCUUCGUCAGCGAACAAACAUAAAAAAACAGAAUAAAAUUUUAAAAAAUAGCACUUAGCUGAGAAGUAGUAUCCGAGAGGGCAGCCAAUGAAUUGUGACAGAAAGUAAGUGGGAGAGAGAUUUAAUAGGGAGGAGGGAAAGUAGGUGGUUGACAAGUCUAGAUCAAGGCUUUUAAGGGUGGUUGACAAGUCUAGAUCAAGGCUUUUAAGGGUGGUUGACAAGUCUAGAUCAAAGCUCUUAAGGGUGGUUGACAAGUAGAUCAAGUCUUUUAAGUGUGGUUGACAAGUCUAGAUCAAGGCUUUUAAGGGUGGUUGACAAGUCUAGAUCAAGGCUCUUAAGGGUGGUUGACAAGUCUAGAACAAGACUUUGUUGCUUUUUAUAAUCAGAUGACUCAAACCCAUUUCCAAACACCCCCACCUCCCCCCUCUCUCUCUCUCUCUCUCUCUCCUUCAUUUGUCACAUUUUCAACCCACCGUCAUGCUACUGAGUCUGUGCGUACAUUAACAGGUUGUUCAAUACACCGAGUAAUUGGUCUACAGCCGCGACAAGGAAAAAUGCUUGCAUUCUCUGUGAACAGAAUGUUUCUUAGCCUGUUGUUUCUGUGUGUCUGCUGGCGACACGUGAGCUGCUACGAUGAAGAUCACGAGGAAGAACGUCACGGGGUUGAUCCCAGCGGACGUAACGUCACCUGCGACCCAACCAGCCGAUACCGGUCGUUCGACGGCAGCUGCAACAACUUGAGGCACCCGACAUUCGGGGUGGCCGGCUCAACGUUCCGGAGAAUCCUACCGCCAAAGUAUGAGAACGGCGAUGGGCGAACCCCCAGGCUGACGGGUGUGACGGGCGCCAAGCUGCCCAGUCCACGGUUGGUCAGCGUCACGGUUCACGGACCUGGUAACGAUACAGCAGACGACGCGAACAUGAUGCUGACGCAGUGGGGCCAGUUCUUGGCGCACGAUCUGACCAGGACUCUACAGGCGAGCUUCAACGGAUCUUGCUGCUCUUCAGACCUCGUCACUUCCGGUGUCCUUCACCCGGACGUCGUGAACGGCGGCCCGUGUUUUCCUAUCAUUGUCGACAGGAUGGACCGCCAUUUUGAUGAUGUUUCCACCAGGUAUUAGAUAAAUGAACAUUUUUAAGUGAACAAUUAUUAAAUGAACAUUCUUUAAAUUAUUUUUUAAAAGAAUUAUUACUAUAUAUAUAUAUAUAUAUAUAUAUAUUUAAAAGGAGAUUUUAUAUCACGUCAUUUUUAAACACGAUUAAGUGAGAGGAAUCCCGAUUAAUUUGAUGGUAAACAAAUUCUUUAUAAACAUUCACUUAAACAAUACCUAAAUAAGAAAAUAAAUAUUUGAUGAACAUAGAAAUAAUGCGAAUCUUAGACAAUGUGUCCAAAAUAGUGGUUGUGGCACUAGGAACUUCGCAAUUUUACAAAAUGAUUAAAUACAACUGCUUUUGUUUAUUGGACAGUUUUUGGUCAGUAAUAAAAUGCAUCGAAUAAUGAAGUAUAUGAUAACCUAGGAGUGUUCUUUAGUUUCGGAAUUAUGAUGCAUAAAAACACUAUUGAAAAAAAAAAUUAUUGCAAUUUUCUACACCGCUGCCACCAUAAAUUCGUAUCCGGAAAUUUGAUCGAAAGAAAUUUCGUCGACGGUAAAUUGAUCGACGGUAAUUUGAUCGGACGGGAGGUUGGUCGAAUCUUUUUGUCAGUUUUUACGUUAAAAUUUUGCUUCAAAUUUAUUUUUGAACGCAUUAUUUUGUUUUACUAUAUAGUAUAGUAUAUUAUUAUUAUUAUUAUAAAUAGUAUUUGAGUCGUUACGGUGCAAACGAUGAUUUAUAUUUUAAUUUAAACGUUCACAUUUAUAUCCAAAUGAAGAAAUAUAGGAUUGCACAGAAUUGAGAGAUAUAUUUAAUCACAUUACUUAAAUGUCAACUCCUAUAAUAAUUUCACAACACCUCUCUUCAUUUCGACAUCUCACAUACAACAAACAGAACAUCGAUCUACAGUCACAGUUUUUCAUCAUGGCAGCGCAACUCUCAAACUUGUUGUUCUCACGUGACCCAAUCAAACACUUUGAUUGGCCAACCAAUCUUUAUAAGACUCUUGUAAAUUAGCCAUAUCAACCGUCUCUCAUCAGUGGUUCACAUAUUCAUAAUCAUAUCCGGGACAGGUCACGUGAGAAAUAGCAUAAAACACGAACAAAAGUUAAGUUAAUAUAAAUAAUUUAAUGAACCAAGAUUAAUUAAUUAUUUUUAAAAGCAAUACCAGAGGUAGUGAAUAGGAAAAAAACAAAACAAUUUAUUACUUUGCUAUUGCUAACAGAAAAAUACGAUUAAAAGUUACACAAUUUUAAGAUCCACUGAAUAUCGAUACCCAAGACGAAUGUUGACACAGCAGCAGGUGUGUCUACGCGGGGUGGUGGGGGGGGGGGAUAGAUGCCUCUUGCACAGCAGCACUUUCGUACGGGGGUCUCUUCACAGUAGUUAAUGUUCUCCCAGACCACUUAGCAGCACUUUCGUACGCGGGUCUCUUCAUCGUAGUCAAUGUUCUCCCAGACCACACAGCAGCACUUUCGUACGCGGGUCUCUUCACCGUAGUCAAUGUUCUCCCAGACCACUCAGCAGCACUUUCGUACCGUCUCUUCACCGUAGUCAAUGUUCUCCCAGACCACACAUCAGCAAACACGCUCUCUCCUUUACAUUUACAUCCUUGGUUAGGGAACCACCAAGUAAUGGGGAACCACCCAGUAAUGGGGAACCACCCAGUAAUAGGGAACCACCCAGUAAUGGGGAACCAGUAAGGGUUACAAAACAAACCAAAGAGGAGGGGGCUUCUAGAAAACUGCUGACUUUUCAUGAGGGGCAGAGAAUGUAAAAAAAAAAAUGUAAACUAUUCACCACAAAAUUCACGUCUUGGAUAUGUUAAUCACACACAGAAAAAAAAAGGAUAAUGGGGUUGUCAUUGUGACCACAGACCAUUGAAAAAAUAUAUGUCAACCAAAAGUAAGCCCUAGAAAAAAAUCUAGCUAGAGGGCAUGUAACUCUAGAAGGGCAUGUAACUAUAGAAGGUCAUGCAACUUAUCAAGGCAUGCAGCUUCAUCGGGGUAUGUAAUUGUAUAAGGGCAUGUAACUAUAUAAGGGCAUGUAACUGUAAAAUGGCAUGUAACAAUAUCAGGGCAUGUAACUGUAAAAAGACAUGUAGCUAUAUCAGGGCAUGUAAAUAUAUAAGGGCAUGUAACUAUAUAAGGGUAUGUAACUAUACCAGGGCAUGUAACUGAAUAAGGGCAUUUAACUAUAUCAGGGCAUGUAACUAUGUAAGGGCAUGUAACUACGGUAUAUAAAAAAAGGUUAAAUUUUAUUUUUUUUAAAUAUCGAUCUCCUCGUUUUCUUCCCCCCAGAUGUAUGGAAUUUCAACGGUCCGACCAUAGAACAGAUCUGACCAACACAAGACAGCAGUACAAUGAGGCCACGUCUUGGAUUGACGCUUCUCACAUCUACGGCCACACCGAAGACAGGGCCAGGUCUCUGAGGUCGUUCAAUAACGGGAAGUUGAAAGUCAUCACCGUCAACGGGGAGGACUUCCUCCCGGAAAACGUGGAGGCCACGGAGAAGACGUGCUUCAAACUGCAAGCAGGAGAUUACUGCUUCAAGGCAGGGGAUGUCCGGGUCAACUUUUACCCAGGGUUGUCUGCCCUGCACACCAUGUUUCUACGCUACCACAACAAGAUCUGCGACCGACUGAAGCCAAUACACGGUGAUUGGAGUGAUGAGAUCUUGUACCAAGAAGCCAGGCGACUCGUCAUCGCCGUGAUACAGAGAAUAACAUAUGAUGAGUUCAUGGUUCAGAUUUUAGGCCAAGCGGCGUCCAAGUACGGUCUCCUGUUUGGUAACUACAGCUACAACUCUUCCAUUGACCCGACGCUCUCUAACGUCUUCUCGACCGCCGCCUACCGCUUCGGUCAUUCCUUAGUGUCCGACAGCCUCACGAUCAACGGACAAGUCGUGGAGACCGGGGACGUUUUCACGAGGCCGAAAUUCGUCUUAAACUCCCUUAAAGGCGUGACAGAGGCGUUUCUUAGAGGGCGUUCUCAUGGUGCCGACCGCUGGUUCGCCAAGGGCAUGACGGACCGUAUGUUUGAAAAGCCGAAUAAGCCUAAGACGGGAUUCGACAUCGUCGCUAGAAAUAUUCAACGAGGUCGCGACCACGGCAUUCGCCCUUACAACGACUGGCUGGAACAUUUCGGCUUUCCAAGGGCGACCUUCGAGACCAUAGGCCAAGUGUAUGGACGGGUCUACUCGUCGGUCGAUGACGUAGACCUUUACGGUGGAGCUGCCGGCGAGACCAGGGCCUACCAGGGAAGGGUCGGUCAACUUUACUCGGCCAUUCUGGGCGCCCAGUUCAGGGAUCUCAAGUUUGGGGACCGGUUCUGGUUUGAGAACCUUGAUGACGUCAGCUCUUUCACCGCCGACCAGGUUAGUCAGAUAGCCGGACUAAAGCUGUCCAGGGUGAUCUGUGACACGGUCGCCGGCAUCACUAAGAUUCAGCUAAACGCUUUCCAAACAGUGUCCCCGGAGAAUAGUCUCGCCGACUGUUCAACUUUAGCAGACGUUGAUAUAGAGCGAUUCUGGGUUUGAGACUAUAUCAAAGUAAAG